CACGGUAGUAUUCUCUCUCUUCUUUUCUUCUUCUCUGUGCGUUUGUUUUUCUGUACAAGCGUCUCUCUUUCUCUUUCUCGUUUUAAUGGCGUCAGCCCGUACAGUAUCAAGCCGUAUGUCUACGCUACUAUGACCUUAUAAAUGGAAACGCGUCUCCUCUCUUUCUUCAUAUUUACAUGUUUCACCAACUCAUCUGAAAUCCCACACACAAAAUAAGAUUAAAUGAGGUGAAAAUGGAAUUGAAUUUCCAUCAUCACUACCACCUCGUGCUAACGAUCUUCACCACCUCGAAUGCCCAAAAGAACUGUUCAAGGUAACAGCGCUAAAAAGAUAAAGAGAACAUGAAGGAAGACGAAGAGCUUGAAAUGUUGUUGGAUGAGAUCGAGUUGAAUCUUCAUUACCUCCAUCAACAACACAGUCAUCACGUACAUGUACAUGGUGACCAUGGUCAUGGCUCUACUGCUGCCCAGAGAAUUCAUGGCGUGUGUGGGGAUGACCUAUCGUUUUACCAUAACCAUAUGUUCGUCUCCCAUCCUAUUGGAAUCUCUCUGCAUUCUGAAGGCUCAGCGUCGAGCUCUCUCUCCGGUGGGCUCUCUUCCUCUGACGAUGGAUUGGCAACUCCGCCUGAAAUUACAUCCCAGACACCACACGGAGAUGUCCAUUACUCAAAUCGACUAUGGUUGGAGUCAAAGUUGCCUGGUUCUACUGCUGGGAGGAACUCUGGUGAAAACUUGAUGAAUGAACUGGGUUUAGCUGAAUAUCUCCGAGGAAUGGGUAUCAGCGGCGCAGACAAGGAUUCAGCAAUCGAAACGUUCAAGGUAGAGAACCCCCAUAGGCUUCAUUUCGAUGAUCAUUCGCCCAUUAGCACUAUACAUAGCCGUCUCGGAAAGAAUGGUUGCCUUGAAGAUUAUAGAAAAGAAUUUUUAAAUUAUGGAGGGCUUCAAUGCUCUGCUCGUGCAGGACCCACGAGUAUCGACGAAGAAACGAGAUCUGAAUUGUUCAGAUUGCAGAGGGAGGUUAAAAUGGGAAGUUUAUCAAGGUCGAAUCUCUCUUCUGGUCGACAUGAAGGUCUGUUUUCUGGGCCACUUCACUGUUCGGACCUACUGAAUUUUCCAUGGCGGCAAGUGGAACAGGAUGCAAGCAAUGAAACCUCGUGUAAUUUUUUGCUAGAAGCUGAUUCAGCUCUUGGUAUGAAUCCAUACGACAGGGGUAUUCACUUGCUGAACGUAGCCCCUUCUGUGACUAAGGAUUUCUCUACUGAUGCUUUCCUCUACUCACAAAGAAAUGCAGUGAAUUCAAUCCGAAACAGGGUUGUGUUGAAUUCACGAAGUCCUUCUCAGUUGACAGACCCAAAGAUGCGUUUAGAUGCAGAAAGUUUGUCCUCGUAUAGCCUCCCAAAUUUUAGGGAAACAGCACCAGCACUCCCAAACAGUUGGGUCACUAAAUACCUUCCUUCAGUCAGAAGUAGUCCAAAUAUUGAGGCUUUUAAUUUUGAAGAUAGCUUAAUUAUACAAGGAAAAGGGUUGCGUUACAUGAUCAACAAUGGAGCUGAUCGAUCAAGGGGACACAAAAACAUUUACUGCAAUGACAUUAGUACUGGACAGCCACGAGAAAAGAGUUCCAACUCGGAUAGUCAAUCCCAUUUUGGGGAGAUUCCUGAUUUCAAGUGCGAAAAUGGUCGUAAUUUAAGGAUUUGUUGUCCUGUUCUGCCACCAAAAUUCAAUUCUCUGAUGGAAGUCCAAGGAUACAUUUAUUUUAUAGCAAAGGAUCAGCAUGGUUGUCGGUUCUUACAACGGAAAUUUGAUGAGGGGACAGCUGAAGAUGUGGAAAUGAUAUUUAAUGAGAUCAUUGAGCAUGUUGUUGAACUGAUGAUGAACCCAUUUGGGAAUUACCUUAUCCAAAAGUUGUUGGAUGUGUGCACUGAAGAACAGAGAACGGAUAUUCUGUUCAUGGUUACACAAGAACCAGGGAAACUUGUCAAAAUCUCUUUAAAUACUCAUGGCACCCGGGUGGUUCAGAAGUUGAUCGAGACUCUCAAAACAAAACAGCAGAUUUUGAUGGUUAUUUUGGCCCUUGAACCUGGUUUCCUUGAUCUCAUCAAUGAUCUGAAUGGAAACCAUGUCGUCCAGCGUUGCUUGCAAUGUCUUAGCAAUGAAGAUAAUAAGUUCAUUUUCAAAUCUGCUGCAAAAUAUUCUGUCAAUAUAGCAACCCAUCGGCAUGGAUGUUGUGUUUUACAACGAUGCAUUGCUCAUUCGACUGGAGAACAUCGAGAAAAAUUGGUUGCAGAAAUUUCCACCAAUGGAUUUCUUCUCGCCCAAGAUGCUUUUGGAAAUUAUGUUGUCCAAUUUAUCUUAGAGCUAAAGAUCCCCACUGCCACAGCCAACUUGAUUUCUCAGUUUGAAGGGAACUACGUGCACCUCUCAACACAAAAGUUUAGCAGCAAUGUGGUUGAAAAGUGUCUCAAAGAAUUUGGGGAGGAGAACAGAUCAAGGAUUGUCCAUGAGCUGCUCUCAUAUUCUCACUUUGAACAGUUGUUACAAGACCCUUUUGCAAACUAUGUCAUUCAAUCUGCUCUUGGAGUGACUAAGGGUCCUCUUCGUGCUUCAUUGGUUGAAGCAAUCCGUCCCAAUGCAGCAGUUUUACGCACAAGCCCAUAUUGCAAGCGAAUUUUAUCACGCACACUUUUAAAGAAAUGAUGUACAUUCUUGUCAUGGUAAGGGAUGUUGUCGUUCUUCCCUAUCAGUACUACUCUAUAUAUAUAGCUUAUUUAGAAACUCCAACUGUUAGAAAAUGUUGUUGUCAAUUCUUUACAGGACUACAUGGAUAUGGCUUCCUAGACUUCUGUAGAGUGUAGAUGAUAAGCAAUUUUGCAUCCAGUUGCAUAAAUGUCGAUGAGGGAAAUGUAUUAUUCUGUCAUCAUUUUGAUUAGAUUUUGAAUAUUCUAAUCCUUUAAAUAUGGAAUAGCUGUUGUAUGACAUAGUAUUGUGUAUAACAGUGUUCCCACCCUUCAUUUCUU